AUGGCCGACGUCGGUGGGCCUCAAACGCUUUGGGCCGCGCACGGCCGUCUUUCACGCCCCUCACGUCGUGGGAAAAGAUUCUUUCUUUCAUUCCCAGUCACCGAAUGCUCUGGUGUCAUACAUUGUGUGUGCUCGUUUUCUAGGGCGGAAGCCGGCGUCUCUUUGCUGCUGCCGGAUAGCGUCCUUACAGCUCAAGCGCGCUCUCGCUCCGGGGAUUCUAGGUCGGCAUCGGCUCGCGGAUUCUGGAGUUUUCAUGGCGCCGCGCAAGACAUGAUGGAUAAGGUGAUCUUGUUUGGAUCUUUCAGUGAAGAUGAGGCGCUGUCGUUUCAAGAGUCCAAGUCCGCUUCGAAGCCAGUGGUUAAGAACGUAACUCCUGAGAAGAAGGCACCGGUGGACACAACAAAGACGAACGCGGGGCCAACAAAGCCUUCCAACGGUGUAAAGCAUAUUGCGCCACCACCACAGCCGCAAUCGCCGAAGGUUAUCGCAGUAACUCCUAUCAGGAACGUCGCCAGCCAGUUGGAGCGUACGUCCCUGAACCCCGAGAGACAACGCGAGCGUGAUCCUGGCGCCUCGAAGACAGUCGCAAAGUCAUGGGCGUCGCUGGUGCAACCAGCAGCUAUCACGCCACGGGGGCUCGUGAACACCGGCAACUCUUGCUACCUGAAUUCGACGCUCCAGGCGCUGUUGUCCUGUCCACCUUUCUUGCAGUUGGUGCUGACGCUAAAAGGGAAAACACCUUCUCCGGAAAGUUUUCCGGCUCUGCAUGGCUUUGUCAGUUUGAUCAGCGAGUUCGAGAAGGGCCCUUCAUCAGAGACUAGAUCCGACUCGUACUACCGAAAAGGAGAAUCUGCAAACAAGGAUGUUCAAACCGGAGUAGCGUUGGUACCGUCAAUGUUCGAUCCGUGCCUGGCAGCGUUCCGUCCAAACGAGCCAAGGAGACAGGAGGAUGCGCCAGAGUUCCUCUGCUUCCUGUUGAAUCAAAUACACGAGGAGCUUCUUAAACUGGAUGGUCGAACCGUUUCCGAGGCGGGUGUUGCUGUUGACGACGAGUGGGAGACAGUGGGUCCGAAAAAUCGAACUGCUCGAGUCCGGACAUGCAGUCGCAUUUGGUCGCCUCUCACCGACAUUUUUUGUGGACAGUUGUACAACAAUGUCAAGCCAAAAGGUAGCAAGGCCAGUAUACAGGUCGAACCGUUCUACGUGUUGACUCUGGAUAUCAGUUCAGGAACAGUUCAUUCCGUGGAGGACGCUUUGAAGGACUCUAGCAGAGGCACCAAGGUGGUAUCGCUGCCGAAGGUACUCAUUCUGCAGCUGCUGCGCUUUGGCUAUGGGAACAGUGGAACGCGUAAGGUUUCCAGAGCUAUCGAUUUCUCCGAGCAGCUGACAGUCGGCAAAGAGCUCUUGUCUCCAGGCAACGAGGCCACUUCGAGGUACGAGUUGAUAGCAAGCAUAAUGCACCACGGCAAAGACGUGACAAGCGGGCACUACACAGCCGAUGCGAAGUACGGCGAUUCGUGGCUCCGAUUCGACGACCGAAUGGUUGACAAGGUGAGCGUGGACAUGGUCUUGAACAAGCAGGCGUAUGUUCUCUUCUACCGAAAGCUUUAGGAGGUAAGGGGAUUUGUCGAGACUACAUUUUGACGGAGUUUUUUUGGAGACCGUGUGGGUCUGAGAUACUACAAGACAGGAACUACUUCUAAUCAACAAAACUUUUUUCGGCGA